UCUCGUCGUCAUUCCAACCACAGAUAGAGACAAGAUGGCGGCAACAGCAACGAUGAUGCCGGACUUCGUGCAGCGAGUUUCUGCUAAAAACGAACUGGUUCCAGAAUGGGCCAGUCAGGAAGUCAGCACCGGGACCACCAUCAUGGCGGUGGAGUAUGACGGAGGCGUGGUCAUCGGUGCAGACUCUCGCACAACCACAGGGGCCUACAUCGCCAACAGAGUCACAGACAAACUGACUCAAAUCCAUGAGCGGAUCUACUGCUGCAGGUCUGGAUCAGCUGCUGACACUCAGGCCAUCGCCGACGUCGUCACCUACCAGCUGGGCUUCCACAGCAUUGAGCUGGACGAGCCCCCACUGGUGGAGACGGCGGCCAAUCUGUUCAAAGCGAGCUGCUACCGCUACAGAGAAGAACUGACUGCUGGGAUACUGGUGGCCGGAUGGGACAAAAGGAAGGGGGGACAGGUGUACUGCGUCCCCAUUGGUGGGAUGUUGGUGAGACAGCCCGUGUCAGUUGGCGGCAGUGGCAGCACCUACAUCUACGGCUUCAUGGACUCAAACUACAAACCAGGAAUGACCAAAGACAAGUGUAUGGAGCUCACUGCCACAGCUCUGUCUCUGGCGAUGGAGAGGGACGGCUCCAGCGGGGGCGUGGUUAGACUGGCGAGCAUUUCUGAGGAGGGCGUGGAGAGACGAGUCAUUCUGGGGAACGAGCUGCCUCGCUUCUCAACACACUGAGUGCACACACAUGCAGUGCAGUGUCACCUUGUCCAUUUUGUUGUUGUUAAUAAAGGUUUUUGAAUCUGGA